UCAUAUAAUUAGUAGCAAAGCUGGUGUGUUAAGGCCUAUUUCAAAAAAUGUCCAAUUCAUUCAUAAGCUUCAAACUUUUUUGCUUAGGAAACCUAAAUGAUUUGAAUCUUGCUCCCUUGUCUGACCUAAUCCUCAAAAAACAUUAUUGCAGCCACACCAAGCUACUUGAAGAGCCCUGGCUAAAUCAUUCUGUAUCAUAAUAGCAUUUACAUUAAAAAAGACAGUUCUCUUAAAGUGGACGUUGGCCUGCUUAUAGGACUACACAAAUUCUAAAAAAUCAGCUCAAACAUCACUUAUGCAGGAAGACUGCUCUUAUACUUCUCACACCUACUGCUUCUGUUUCAGAUGUCCUCCUCCUCAAUGCUCCUAUAAUUUCUAUUUUAAUACCUUCAAAUAAUUGCUAGUUUGCCAGUCUACUAUGAACAAUCUUUGAAAGCAGAGAUUAUUAUUUUAUUUCUGAGAUGGAGUCUUGCUCUAUCACCCAGGCUGGAGUACAGUGGCGCAAUCCUGGCUCACUGCAACCUUGACCUCCCAGGUUCAAACGAUUCUCCUGCCUCAGCCUCUUAAAUUGCUGAGAUUACAGGUGCCUGCCACCACACCCGGCUAAUUUUUGUAUUUUUAGCAGAGACAGGGUUUAAACCUGUCGGUUAGGCUGGUCUUGAACUCAUGACCUCGUGAUCUGCCCGCCUCAGUCUCCCAAAGUGCUGGUAUUACAGGUGUGAGCCACGGCACAAGUGAGCCACCAUGCAAUCAUUUGUUAUUUGACUUUAUUUUCCCAGUGACUUAAUUUGAAACGUAUUUUGAAGUUAAAAGCCAAUGAGUCUGGCUUCUGAUUGGACAAAGGAAAGAAAAAAGGAAUUAAGAAUAAUUCUUGAUUUUUGGCUUGAACGAGUAAAUAAAUGGUUGUACCAUUACAUGAAACAGGAAAGCCGGAGAUAUUUAUUGGAAAUAAAUUUAAUGGCGAGGUCAAAUGAGCAGGCUUAAUUUCAGGGAGAAAAGUACCAGGCUAGAUAUAUAAAUUAAGGUGUUAUAAGAAUACAGAUGGCAUCUAAAUCCCUGGGAAUGGGUAUUACCCAGGGAGACUGAACAAAGUCUAGCACUGUAAUAUUUUAGUGUGAGAAGGAGCAAAGGAAAAAGGAGGAAAACUAGAACCUGCUAGGUUAUAUUCCCAGUAAGUCCAAGUAUUUAGGGCCAGGCGCAGUGGCUCACACCUGUAAUUCCAGCACUUUGGGAGGUCGAGGCAGGCAGAUCACUAGAGGCCAGGAGUUCAGGACCAGCUUGGCCAAACUUGUCUUUACAAAAAAAAAAAAAAAAAAAAGAGUGUGGUAUUUAGGAAGUUAAAUAAACAAGUGUUUUAAGAAAUGGGGAGGGCUAGGCUGGGUGCAGUGGCUCAUGCCAGUAAUCCCAGCACUUUUGGAGGCCGAGGCAGGCGAAUCACCUGAGGUCAGGAGUUCGAGACCAGUCUGACCAAUGUAGAGAAACCUCAUCUCUACUAAAAAUACAAUAUUAGCUGGGCAUGGUAGUGCAUGCCUGUAAUCCCAGCUUGGGAGGCUGAGGCAGGAGAAUCACUUGAACCUGGCAGGCAGAGGUUGUGGUGAGCUGAGAUCAUGCCAUUGCACCAUUCCAGUCUGGGCAAGAAGAGGGAAACUGUCUCAAAAAAGAAAAAGAAAGAAAGGUGGACAGCUCACAGUGUAGCAAGUGCUUCAAAAUAUAAGGAAGCCAAAAGGGCAACCACUAGACACAAUAACAUCAAAGUCACUGGAGACUCUGGCAAUUUUAGCAGAGUAUAAAAGAUAGAAGCCAGAUUGAAGUGUGCCAAGGAGGGAACAGGAUGUAAGAAAGCACAGACACUGAGACAAUACUCUGUAUAAAGUUUUGCUGUAAAAAGGCAAAGAAAAUGGCACAGCAGAUGGAACGGAGGCAAGGGAUCGUCAGAGUGGGGAUAACUCAGAAACAAGUGCUUAAGUUAAAACUUUACACUCCACUGAAAUUAGUUUUCUCAAACUAUAUUAAUUUCUUAAGAGGAGAAUGUCCUAUUUUCUAGCUUCUCUCUGUAUUAUAGCGUCAAAGGUGUUUGAACCAGAGCAACUCUAUCCUCGGUAGGGGUUUGGUAACAUAAGGCCAAGACUGGCUGGCCUACAUUCCCAGUAAGUUAAGGUAGUCUUAAUCACAGAGUGAAAUAGGAGAUUGAAACAAAAUACAGGUCAUAAAAAUUUGCUAAUAGGAUGUAGUAAAGAAGCUGGCCGAAACCACCAAAACUAAGAUGGCAACAACAGUAACCUCUGGUUGUCCUUACUGCUACACUCCCACCAGUGCCCUAACAUUACAGAUACCAUGGCAAUGUCAGGAAGUUAUCCUAUAAGGUCUAAAAUGCGCAGCAUGAAUAAUCCACUUCUUGUUGAGGAUAUAAUCAAGAAAUAACCUUGAAAAUGGGCAACCAGCAGCCCUUGGGGCUGCUUUGCCUAUGGAGUAGCCAUUCUUUAUUCCUUUACUUUCUUAAAACUUGCUUUCACUUUACUGUAUGGAUUCCACUCAAAUUCUUUCCUGCACAAGAUCCAAGAACCCUCUCUUGGGGGACCCCUUUCUGAUAACAGUAGGUUCUCAGCAUCUGCUGGUAGAAUGCCUAGAACCUAAAAACUCUUUAAGUCCUUGGUCUAAAAUGCAGUAGAGAGGAAUGAGGAUAACUUGGAAUCAGACACAAGUUUAAAAAUCAGAUUUUUCACUAACAAGCUAUGUAGCCUUAGACAAAUCACUUUAUGUCUCAGAACGUGUUUCCUUAUGGGCACAAAAUAUUUAUCUUGCUAGAAUGCUCUGUCAGUUAAAUGAACACCUGUUACAGUGUGACUCAGAGGGUACUCAAAAUAAUGUUCAAUAUUAUUAGUUAUUAUUUCCAGUAGCAGGCAAAUUAUAAUCAUGGGUAUGCCACACAUAACACAUGUAAGCACAUAUAUUGGAGAGAAUAGUUUUAAGCAUUUCCCAAUCUCUCUCAAAAACGAGUUUAUAAAAAAAUUAAUGCAAAGCAAAAAAUAUUCAGACCUGACAAAUGGUCUUGAAAGACUAGAAAUAUACAUUUCAGUUUUAGAUUUCAUUAGAGUAUCAUUUAACCGAGGGCUUAUAAAUGUGAUGGAAAUAAAACAAAUACAACACAGAAGAGGAAAAACAGAGGCAGAUCAUUAUAGGAAAUUUUUUGAGACAAUAACUACUGGUAAUUCACCCCCAGAGAAAAUCAUCUUUGGUCUGUUUCUGGGUUCCUGAAUUCUACUUUCCCAUACAUGACUGAAUUUCCAAAUAACAGUCACUGAUCCAUUAAAAAUGUCAAUCAGAUCACUAAACCUGCAUAUCCUCCACUCCUCACAAAGGCUUCCCACUGUACUUGAAAUAAGUGCUAGCUUUAUGUGCAACAGCCCUACCUGGCAAUAACCAAAAUGUCUGUCAACAUGGCUAGUGGCUACCAUAUUAGAUCAUUAUGUGCCUGACUGUCAUAUAGGUCUCAGCAAUAAUGUCAUCUCCUCAGAAGCCUUCUAAAAUCAAUCUAAAGUAGCACUCUGCCCCCAGCACACUGCUCUUUAUUAUUUUUGGAGCACAUAACACAAUAUCUCAAAUUGUUUUAUUUGUUCUCUUAUUUGUAUUCUAUUAUAAUGCAAGCACCAGGAAAACUGGUGUAUUUUGUUCAAUACUGCUAUGACCAGUGGCUAAAACUGUGCCUGGCACAAAGCAGGCAUUCAAUAAUUAUACAGUGCAUACAUAGACACACUGCUUUCCAAAUCUUUAACUACAUGUUUUACAGUAGUAAACUUUAGGUGGACAAAGAUACUAUAAUCUUAAAUGACUUACCACUGGCAUGCAGAAAAUUAAUAUAUUAAGCUACCUCCUCCAGGAAGCUUUCAUUGCCACCCCCAGCCUGAGCGUCUUUCAUAUGAUUGUCUAGCAUCCAGUACUUCCUCUCAUAACUCUUACUAUAGCUAAGUUACUUGUUUGUAUCUACCACUGAAUUGUCUCAUUACUGAAAUAAAUACAUCAACUGCUUGAGUACUUUUUUCACACAUAAGUCACUACUGCAUUUUUUGAAACCAAAGCAUGGCAGAACUGGGAACUAACUAAGGCCCUGUAAUCUAGAGGUCAUACUAUGCAAGGGAUAUGCUGCGGCCAUUAGCAACAGUUUCCAUUGGCUUAUGAGCCAUUGCCUGAAGCUUCGAGAGAAAUAUAUAGGGGAAAUAGUCCAGAGGAUUCAGGAUAGUGUGGUGUGACUCUGGACUAAGUCCAGUCCCUACACUGACCCCAAAAUGACAUCAUAAUGCAGCCCUCUCUGACAUAUUUGUAACUCUGCUUGCCAUGUAAUCAGUAUCCUCAUCUCAUUAGGACAUGGUAAUAACAUUGUCUUUAAUAUAAAAAUGUGCAAAAAAAAAAAAAUGUGCCUAUUUGCAGUCACUACCUCUAUUACCACCACCAGCAGAGCCUGAGCUGAGGAAAGCACAGUUCUGACUAUCCAGCACAUCCGCUUCCAAUUAUCUGGUAAAACAUGGUGGAUUACUAUGAAGUUCUAGGAGUACAGAGAUAUGCCUCACCUGAGGACAUUAAAAAAGGUUACCACAAAGUGGCACUUAAAUGGCACCCUGAUAAAAAUCCAGGAAAUAAAGAAGCAGAGAGAAAAUUCAAAGAAGUAGCUGAUGCACACGAGGUAUUAUCAAAUGAUGAAAAACGGGACAUUUAUAAUAAAUAUGGCAAAGAAGGAUUAAAUGGAGGUGGAAGUCAUUUUGAUAAUGAAUGUGAGUAUGGCUUCACACUCCAUAAGCCAGCUGAUGUUUCUAAAGAAAUUUUUCAUGAAAGGGAUCCAUUUUCUUCUCACUUCUUUGAAGACUCACUUGAGGACCUGUUAAAUUGUCCAAGAAGCUCCUAUGGAAACAGAAACAGAGAUGUGGGAUCCUUUUUCUCUACCUCCAGUGAAUAUCCAAUUUUUGAGAAAUUUUCUUCAUAUGAUACAGGACAUACAUCAUACGGUUCACUGGGGCAUGAAGGCCUUACUUCUUUCUCUUCCCUGGCUUUUGAUGAUAGUGGGAUGAACAACUACAUAUCUGUUACAACUACAGACAAAAUUGUUAAUGGCAGAAAUAUUAAUACAAAGAAAAUUAUUGAAAGUAAUCAAGAAGGAGAAGCUGAAGAUAAUGGAGAGUUGACAUUUUUUCUUGUAAAUGGUGUAGCCAAUUAAGAGGGCUUUGCAGAAGAAUUCAACUGGAGAAUACAGUCAUUCAACAACUGUUCACCAAAUUCCCACAGCUCCAAACACGUAUCUCAAUACUUUGUGGACAAUGACGAGCAAGGCAUAUCUUGGGUUACCAGCAACUGGGAUCCCCCUAUUUUCUCAGCAGGAGUCAAAGAGGGUGGUAAGAGGGAAAAAAAGACAUAUAAAGACAUGCAAAAGAAGAAGUCUACCAGCCGGGCGCAGUGGCUCACGCCUAUAAUCCCAGCACUUUGGGAGGCCGAGGCGGGUGGAUCACGAGGUCAAGAGAUCGAGACCAUCCUGGUCAACAAGUCUCUACUAAAAAUACAAAAAUUAGCUGGGCAUGGUGGUGCGCGCCUGUAAUCUCGGCUACCCGGGAGCCUGAGGCAAGAGAAUUGCUUGAACCCAGAAGGCAGAGGUUGAAGUGAGCCGAGAUAGUGCCAUUGCACUCCAGUCUGGGUAACAACAGCGAAACUCCAUCUCAAAAAAAAAAAAAAAAAAAAAAAAAGAAGUCUACCAAAAGGAAUUGUUAAAUUGACUCUUCAAACAUAUAACAUUUGAACGCAACUCUUGUGUGUGUUCUGGUUAAUCACAAAUUUGUAGGUAACACUUGUUUAAUACUAUACUAAGAGCUUUUCAAUACUUUUAGCAGAAUUGUGGACAUUUGGUUAGCAGUAUUUUGGAUUGGGUAUGACAGAAAGGAUGAGUUUGUGGUGAGAGUUCGUGCUAUUAAGAAUUUGCCUGGGCAAUAUAGUGAGGUCUUUUAUUAUUUAUUUUUGAGGUGGAAUCUCACUGUCUCCCAGGCUGGAGUGCAGUGGCGCAGUCUCGGCUCACUGCAACCUCUGCCUUCUGGGUUCAAGCGAUUCUCCUGCCUCAGCCUUCCAAAUACCUGAGACUACAGGCAGCUGCCACCAUGCCCGGCUAAUUUUUGUAUUUUUAGUAAAGAUGGGGUUUCACCAUAUUGGCCAGGCUGGUCUCAAACUCCUGACCUUGUGAUUUGCCAGCCUCGGCCUCCCAAAGUGCAGCAUGAGCCACCAUGCCUGCUUGUGAGAGCUUGUCUCUACAAAAAUUUAAAAAUUAGCCAAGUGUGGUGGUGCACACCUGUAGUCCCAGUUACUCGGGAAGCUGGUAGAAGGACUGCUUGAGCCUGGAAGACAGAGGUCAGAGAUUGCAGUGUACUGAGAUCAUGCCACUGCACUCUAGCCUGGGUGACAGAGGAAGAUGCUGUCUAAAAAAAAAAAGGAAUUUGGAAAACUGCAAAGAGUUUUUUACUUUAGUAGAGUUUAUAGCCUAUUUUAUUUCUUUUCUCGAAUUAAAACUGCUAUACAAAUUUUUGAAAUAUGCAUAGCAUUAAGAGACAACCAUGUAUUAACAGACACAGGUUCAGACUAUACAAUUAUUCAUGAAAUGGUUUUUCUCCCAAUGGAGGUAC